AUGUCUGCCAAAGCUGAAAAGAAACCUGCUUCCAAAGCCCCUGCUGAAAAGAAACCAGCCGCCAAGAAGACCGCUACUGGUGUCGAAGGUAAGAAGAGAACUAAGGCUAGAAAGGAAACUUACUCUUCAUACAUCUACAAAGUUUUAAAGCAAACUCAUCCAGAUACCGGUAUUUCACAAAAGUCCAUGUCUAUCUUAAACUCUUUUGUUAACGAUAUCUUUGAAAGAAUUGCUACUGAAGCCUCCAAAUUAGCUGCUUACAACAAGAAAUCUACUAUCUCUGCUAGAGAAAUUCAAACCGCCGUUAGAUUAAUCUUACCAGGUGAAUUAGCUAAGCACGCUGUUUCUGAAGGUACCAGAGCUGUCACUAAAUAUUCUUCUUCCACCCAAGCUUAA